ACGCAUCGAAAAUGCAUUUUGGACCAAAAAUAGCAAAAAUGACAACUUUAUUCAGCAUUGUCUUCUCUUCCGUGUCUGUUGUGAGAGACAGUUCAAAUCAAAGCAGUCUACAGACUGUUCAAAUGCUUUUAUUACUUAUGGACCCCUAUUUUUUAUUUUUCCAAAUAGGUGUGUGUAUUAUGAAUCGAUGACAUAAAGCAAAAUAGAGGUGUAAAAUGUUCUGAACUGUGUGUUUCUCUCUCCUCAGGGUUCAGUGCUGAGAUCUCUGUGUUUGUGCAGACAGGAGCUUCUGUUCAACUGGAUAUACAGACACAAGAAAAACCAGAGUUUGAGCUUUUAGCCUGGAUGAAUAAUAAAUUAUCAUCACCCCUGGAUGAAGUACAGAUACUUGUUUUCACUGCACAGAUAUUUAACUUCCUGUUUCAAGAAUACAGUCAGCUAUCUUGAUGUUUGCUAUGAUGGCAGUAAAUCAUCAUCUUGCAUCCUUCAUUUUGCUCCUCGUCAGUAACACAGGGUUCAGUGCUGAGAUCUCUGUGUUUGUGCAGACAGGAGCUUCUGUUCAGCUGGAUAUACAGACACAAGAAAAACCAGAGUUUGAUCUUUUAGCCUGGAUGAAUGAUAAAUCAGAGAGUAUAGUUAGAUACAACAGUGAUUCCAAAAGAGUAACACCUCAUGAUUCCUACAAAACCAGAGUGGUCUUCAAUGAUGUAACCUUCUCUCUGACUCUGAAGAACAUGCAGAAGACAGACAGUGGACUCUACACAGCAAGAACAAUUGGAUCAAAAACCACAGAUUUGGUCUCAUACAGAGUUUCUGUUAUAGACUCUGUGGAGGCUCCUGUCCUGACUGUGAACUCAAUCUGGUCCAGCAGUGACUCCUGUACUGUGAACUUCACAUGCAGAGCUCAUGAGCUCAUGAUUAACUCCAGCUUUCAGAACAACAGAUGCUCUCCACAGGAAGUGACAUCACAGAUCAACACUCUCAUCCUGGACUGCAGUGAGGAAUACAUCAUCUGUAACCAUAGCAACCCUGUCAGCUGGAAACAAGACAGAAGAAACAUCACACAACUCUGUGGAGGGUUCAGUGCUGAGAUCUCUGUGUUUGUGCAGACAGGAGCUUCUGUUCAGCUGGAUAUACAGACACAAGAAAAACCAGAGUUUGAUCUUUUAGCCUGGAUGAAUGAUAAAUCAGAGAGUAUAGUUAGAUACAACAGUGAUUCCAAAAGAGUAACACCUCAUGAUUCCUACAAGGACAGAGUGGUUUUCAAUGAUGUAACCUUCUCUCUGACUCUGAAGAACAUGCAGAAGACAGACAGUGGACUCUACACAGCAAGAACAAUUGGAUCAAAAACCAGAGAUUUGGUCUCAUACAGAGUUUCUGUUAUAGACUCUGUGGAGGCUCCUGUGCUGACUGUGAACUCAAACUGGUUCAGCAGUGACUCCUGUACUGUGAACUUCACAUGCAGAGCUCAUGAGCUCAUGAUUAACUCCAGCUUUCAGAACAACAGAUGCUCUCCACAGGAAGUGACAUCACAGAUCAACACUCUCAUCCUGGACUGCAGUGAGGAACACAUCUUCUGUAACCAUAGCAACCCUGUCAGCUGGAAACAAGACAGAAGAAACAUCACACAACUCUGUGGAGGGUUCAGUGCUGAGAUCUCUGUGUUUGUGCAGACAGGAGCUUCUGUUCAGCUGGAUAUACAGACACAAGAAAAACCAGAGUUUGAUCUUUUAGCCUGGAUGAAUGAUAAAUCAGAGAGUAUAGUUAGAUACAACAGUGAUUCCAAAAGAGUAACACCUCACGAUUCCUACAAGGACAGAGUGGUUUUCAAUGAUGUAACCUUCUCUCUGACUCUGAAGAACAUGCAGAAGACAGACAGUGGACUCUACACAGCAAGAACAAUUGGAUCAAAAACCACAGAUUUGGUCUCAUACAGAGUUUCUGUUAUAGACUCUGUUGAGGCUCCUGUCCUGACUGUGAACUCAAUCUGGUCCAGCAGUGACUCCUGUACUGUGAACUUCACAUGCAGAGCUCAUGAGCUCAUGAUUAACUCCAGCUAUCAGAACAACAGAUGCUCUCCACAGGAAGUGACAUCACAGAUCAACACUCUCAUCCUGGACUGCAGUGAGGAAUCCAUCAUCUGUAACCAUAGCAACCCUGUCAGCUGGAAACAAGACAGAAUAAACAUCACACAGCUCUGUGGAGAGCCCUGGUCAGUAUUACACUUGUAGGCUGUCAGUCUGUUACAUGAGAGAAAUCUUACCUUUUUGAGGCUAAAAUCUGACAAGAAUCAAAUGCAAGCAAACAUGUUUCCACACGACUUGUAAUCUGAGCAGUAAACUUACCUUCAGAUUCUCAGAUGUCAAACAGGCUGAUGAUACAGAUGAUGUUGAGGUGAGCUUCGGAUGACAGUUCAUCUCUAUUCCAGCAGAAGUUGGAUAUAAAAUGUCAUAUCAAACUCAUUACUGGAUAUUAACUGUGUUUCAUAUAAUGUGGUAAUCUGUGAUGGUUUGUUUUAUUUCUCUUUAAGGAUUUAAAUCAUUUAAUACAGAUUUUAUAAAUGAGUGUUUCUUUGCUUCCAUCAUCUACUUUUAAUAUAGUUUCAUGAAUUGUAAUGUAAGCUCUAUAUAUGUUUGUAUGUUGUUUGGUUUUGUUUACUGCCUUAUUCAAGCAAUACAUUUUUAUAUCAUCAAGGAACCAACCUGGGCCGGGUUUCCCAAAAGCUUCGUAAGCCUAAGAAGUUUGUGAAAACAAUCGUUCGACUGAUCUUAAUAUUACGGUCUGGUUCCCAAAAGCAUCAUAACUUAAGUAGCACUUGAAAAUCAUUGUAGAUCUACAAGUGCUCUGGUGUAAUCGUUAAGCCUUAAGUGCUGUAUGCCAUGUCCGGUAGUAAGACCAGCAGCCUAUUAUCUGCCCUUAUUUUUAUUAAAUUAACUGAUGCACUUAUGGAUUCUUGUACCUUUUUGUUGUUUGCUGUGUUAUUAAACUAUGUAUAAUUGGCAGCACAUAUAACUAAUUUUUAGGUGUUGAAACCCUCUGCUGAAUACCUUUCUGUUUGUUGAUUGCUUACUAAUUUUAGGUAAUUUGUGAUUUCUCAAGAAACUAUUAACUAUAUGCGACACCCAUCUUUAACCUGCUGCUUUGCCCUCUUGAGGUUUUAAUGUGAAUUGUUUAUUAUAAAAGAAUAAAAGC